CCAUAUCCUCCUUUCCCCUAGUUGGAUCUCGAUAUUUUGAGAAGCAAUAAUUUUUUACAAAUUAAAGAUUUUUUCAAUUAAAAUAAAUCUUUAAAACAAUUAAAAUUAACCUCCUAUCCCUCCCUACCUUGGGGGACUAAACAAACUCCUUGUAAAAAGUGAGUAUGUCAAACAAAACAAAUUCUUGAAUUGUCCAUUAUUUAAAAAUAUGUAUGCCUCAAUCUGCACACUCUGGCCAUCACCUCUCUGUAUUGGGUGUCAUGAGUCCUUGUAAGCUCUUAGUUGUUGAUCUUUACAAUUUUGUUAUUGUAUAAAUUGUUCUCUUAGCUCUGUUCCCAUGAUUCUACAUCAGUUCAUACAAUUGAGAAACAAUACCUUAAAAAGUAAUAAUUUGGAAAGGAAAAAAGAAGAGGCCAUUGAAUAUGAAACAAAGAUUUCUAGGCAUUAAAGGAAGAUGAACUUAGAAAUGGAAAUGAGGCCCAAGGAGAAGGAUGUCUGAAGGCAAAAGAGGGUAGAGGAGAAGAAUGAGUGCUGGAGAAUAAAAAGAACAAAAAAGGGCUGAGGAAGGAAAAGGAGUAGGGACAAGAGAGACAGGAAAAAAGGAAGAUGAGCAAAGCAGAUGACUAUAAUUAGGUGCUUCUGCUGAAAAGUCUGCUUGGCCACAAAAGGGGGAGUUAGGUAUUAGGUUUUCCUAUUUCCUUGUUUUGAGUCAUUCUAAAUCUACUCCAGGUUCUUAUUUUGUUUCAUGCAGGGUGAAAUUUAUACUCGUAGCUAGAAGGCUGAGCACAUGGAUCCCUGAGAAAGCGUAGGAAUGAUUCUUGAGAAAAACAGGGACUUUGGGGAGAUGUUUUUAUUCUGGGGAAAGAGUUGAGAGAUGGUAUAUUAGUAUAAUGUCCCAGCUGUGCCCCUUGUGUUCAAAGGGCAUAUGACAUUCUUUUCUCCUCUCCUUCAAUUCUCACCCCCCUUAAAAUCCAGGCGUCAUAUAUAUAUAUAUAUAUAUAUAUAUUUGCUUCACUGCCUCUGUAAUUAGAUUGUUUCAUUACAUGAUUUGUAUACGCCCUUUACUCCUGACUGAGGUAAGACAACAAAAAUGGAGAUCUCAGUAUGAAUCUUGAGGGGGAGGAGUGUGUAUUGACUUGGAAGCUAAGUGAGUAAGAGAAGUCAGGGACAAAGAAUUUAGGUGCUUAGAUUGCUGAAGUGGAAAUCCAGGAAAGCAGGCAACUUGGACAGCUGGGCCCUGAGACUGCAAGCUUAACUUGAGUGGUUGUUGCACAGAUAGAAACACCUUGACUUCUUCCCUCUCUCCUUCCCAAACAAGUCUGUCCAGUUAUGUCCUUCCACCUUUUCUAGUAACAGUUGAGUCAUUGGGAUUUUUCCUUCUCAGAGUUUGGGCUCCUCCUCUUUUCUCCCCUAUAAAGUCAGUUCCUGGGCACUACAGACUCAUUCUGCCCUUCCUCGGGGCCCAGAAGGGAGAGCUUCAGAAUCAUGCUAAAUUGGAAGCUACUGGAAAUUCUGGUUCUUUGUCUCCUUUCAGGAGGCAUCAGAGGCAACAAUGACCACCCUUUGCCACCAGCCUUGGAGGCUCCUGAAGAAAACGGUGGGCCUACAUGGCCACAAGGUCCCCCAAUCCCCGGUGACCCCUGGCCAGGUAUACCUCCUGUAUUUGAAGAACCUCCAUCUUCAGGCCCAGGUCAUACCUGGGGAGAUCUGGAUGAAAGUGAAGUCUGGCCCCCUGAACCUCCUACAACAACUACUUCCCAACCUCCACUGCCCGAUGACCCCUGGCCUGCUGGAUCCCAGCCCCCUGAGAAUCCAUGGCCUCCUGGCCGUGAGAUAGAUGCUGUCUCUCAUGAGUCAGACCUUGAUCCACCUAUGGAGGAAUACAGAUAAUUGAGUGUUCUCAAUCCCCCUCUCUCAUACAUAUAAGACCUUGUUCACUUAACAUAUUUUCCUCAUUCCUGUGGAUCAGUAAUUUUUCUGUUCCUCUUUUAUUUUUGUUCUGAUAACACUAUCCUCCCAAAGAUUUACCUUUUCUCUCCAUCUUUACCUUAAUUCUUGUUGGUCACCCCCAGAGCAUAUUCUUACCUCAUAUUCUAUCCCGUUUUUCCUGUAUCAGUUCUUCCAGAAUCUCCACAACUAGGAUAACUAGUUUUUUGUGUUUUCUGCCAUCAUUUGGUGGCCAUGACAGGAAGUUGAAGAUGGACAAUACCAGAACUUCCAUGAAAUGGAAGAAUAAAAUCACACUUAAUAAUC